AUGGACGAACUUGAUGCUCUGGACGAGGACCCUUUCACACUCGACAGUUUUGAGAACCUUAUGCGAAUGCAUGCAAGCAAGGGCAAAGAUUUCAUCCUGGCCAGAGUGACCACACAGGACCCGAACGACGAUACCAAACUGUAUCACUCGUACUAUGGAGCACACCAGAUCAACAAAGUUUUAUUCAGGACGCAGCCCGACGAAGGGCUCUUGCACCGCAUGAAAGCCCGAAAUCCGCUGAACAAUAUGCUGAUAGUCGGCGAUGUCCAUUACUACAUGAUCUCUGCAGAGGACGUGAAU